CAGGGAAAAAAUCCCCUUUCACAGCGGCUCGUCCCCGAUUUGUGCAUUCCCCGCCGCAGAGAAAAAUGAUCAACAAAAAUUGGCGCAUCUUCUGCGUACAUCCCAAAGUUUAUCACAAGUUAUAGUAACAAAGUUGUUUUUCUUUUUCGUUAGAAAGAGAAUACGACUGUGGUUAGCAGAGCAGAGAUCCUGUCAGUUCUCCCCCCCAUGACGAGCAGAAAUGCCUUGAGGAACAUCGUUUUGGCUGACCUAAGUAGGAACUUCACUACAUCGGAUGGGAUUAAAUAUGGCGCCGAUUUUGUGGUGUACAGGGGGGACAUCGACGCGGAACACGGAUUCUCACUCAUAUUCAUAAAGGAAGAAAACGUACCCCUAAGUGAUAAGGACAAAACGAUCAUUUGCAGGAUAUGCGAGAGUGUUAAAAAGAAGGGAAUAAUUGCAUAUGUGAAUAGACAUACUAAAGAAAUUAAGUACGUGGAAAUUUUUAGAAAAACGGAAGGAUCCCCUGAUUGAUGUGGCCAGCGCGCAGAGGUAGGGAAGGGAUCAGGGGUGUCAUAAUUCUCCCAUUUGGGAUAGCCGUCUACAAAAAUAACCUCUUUGUGGGGCACACUUCCCCCCAGCGGCGCGGACCACAUUUAUGUCAACCACGUAACAUUUUGUUUAUGCCCCACCCGGGGGAGUAACAGAAGAGGGCUCCCCAUUUUGGAUUCAUUAAAUGGGGGUUAAAAAAAAAAAGAAUCAAAUUUUGUUAUCACAUCAUUUCGUAUCCUAUGGUAUGGUAUCGUUCCGUUCCGUACCGUACGUACCAUAUA